UACUGACUGCAGGAGAGCAUUCUACCGCGCAGGUCUGCAGCAUAAAGCGGCCGCCCGGAUGCGCGCGAUGCUGCCGCCACGGCGCCACUCGGCGCUCGCGGUGCUUGUACUGGCCGCCGUGCUCCUCGCGGUCGCAGGCAACAACGCGCAGCGGAGCGCCGCCGCCGCCGCGUUGGCACCGGUGUACCACCACGACGACGACUGGGCGGCGGACGUGGGCUACGGUUACGGCGGCGUGGCGGCCUGCACGGGCACGGCGACGGGGGCGGAGUGCGCGGUGGCGGCCAGGAGGGAGCUGGGCGACGGCGGCAGCAUCGGCUACGGCGCGCUGCGUAAGGACCAGACGCCGUGCUCGUACCGCGGCGCGUCCUACUACAACUGCCGCCCCGGCGGCGCCGCCAACCCCUACACCCGGGGCUGCUCCGCCAUCACCCAGUGCAGAGGCUAGCUAGCCCCAGCGAGCGAGCUGUGGCCAUUUCAGUUCUUGGCACCUUGCAUUGUUUGUCGUAAGAUAAAGCCUCCCAUUUCAUCUUCUUCCAUUUACUUGUUUUUGGUGCUGUUGCCUCGAGAUUCCUGCUCGGUUGAAUUGACAGUGACACAGAGAAAGAUUCCUGCUCCUUGAGCUUGUAUAAUCGGCAUUAUUGGUAGGGGAAAACAUGUCCUGAUUGGUUCCUCGCAGAAAAACCAAAAAAAAUCUGAUUGGCUCGUGCAGUGCUCAGUCAGGGCUCUCAUGAUCU